ACGUGAGGCACCUGUUAGAAAAAAGUGAUAUUUGAUUACGGCCUGCAUCUCCUUGAUGCUCCGCAGCAGUUUGCCUGGACAGGCCGCGCAGGAGCUCCUCUGGCAGCGGUGAUACAGUGUGUGUGCCUUGAGGUCAGGAUACACCCCAUCAGACAUCAAUAUCAGCGUUCACUGCUCCGAUGGCUCUGCCACCUCCGGAUCCACAGUUUGUGCUCAGAGGUACCGGUGCUGCAGUCCACACUCUGCAUUUUUCCUGUGGAGGCCCAGAACCUGAUAUCCCCCUUCUUUUCUCUGGGUCUGAGAAUGGGUUUAUCCAUGUCUGGAACCUGAAAACACGCAGAGUGGACACAGCAUUGGAUGGCCACGGAAGAAAAUCUGUCUGCUGUGUGAAGACAAUGGGUGGUAAAGACAGGCUUCUCAGUCAGGGGCGCGACCAGAGGAUCUGCUUGUGGGAUUUAGCAGAGGGACGGACUUCAGUGACGGAUUCUGUCUUCACGGAGCACGUGGGAUUCUGCAGAUGCUCUCUGUUACAGGUGGCACAGGGACGCUGGCUAAUGGCCAUGGCAGCCAGAAGCCUGGAGGAGGUUCAGAUUUUGGAGCUGCCAUCCAAGAUGUCAGUCUGUACCUUGAAACCAGAGGUGGGUGCCAAGCUGGGCAUGCCCAUGUGUCUGAAGUUAUGGCAGCCCAGCUGUGGUUCACAACCUGUGCUUCUGGCUGGCUAUGAAGAUGGAUCAGUUGUCCUCUGGAAUGUGUCAAUGGGAAAAGCGUUGAGCCGACUCAUUUGCCACCAGGAGCCAGUGAUGAGCCUUGACUUUGACUCGGAGAAGGCCAAGGGGAUCUCAGGCUCAUCUGAAAAGGUGCUUAGCAUCUGGAGCCUCAAUGAGCAACAGAACCUCCAGGUUUACAAAACACACGAACUCGUCAACGCUGGCAUAUCUGAUAUCACCAUCCGGCCAGACAAGAAGAUUUUGGCAACAGCAGGGUGGGACCAUCGCAUCAGGAUCUUUGGGUGGAAGAAGCUGAAGCCCUUGGCAGUGCUGGACUAUCACACAGCAGCCGCCCACUGCGUGUCCUUCUCCGAGCACAGCAGCCCCCGGGCCAGGCUGCUGGCAGCCGGCUCCAGAGAUCAGCGCAUCAGUGUCUGGUCCAUCUAUGCCCAGACGUGACACAUCCUGCACUGCCAUGCACUAGGGAAACACGACUGCUGAGGCAACUCCAGCACUGUAAUUCAAACAUGCCUGUGGGGAAGUGGUAGAAUCUGUCUCCAGGCUGAAGUGAGAGUCCUAGGUUAAUUCUUAUGCUGCUUGUUUAAGCUAUACAUUUUUUCUUCCAUAGAAGAAAGUGGAUUUUUAAAAUUCAUAACAAGCAGAACAAGGCCAGUCACAAAGACCAAAGUUGCUUUGGGUUCUGCUACAGGUUUUGCAACACCUUUCCUUUGGCAGGUUGCUGACAUAACUUGUGCCAAUAUCUUUUGUAAAAAUGGACUGGAAUCCCUCAAACUGCAGUGGGGGCAGAAUAUGUCUGUUUGUAAGUCAUUUAUGUAUCCAAGCAUCUGAAUCGGUGUAAAACAUCAUUCUUCCUUGGAAAUUUAUACCCAUUAAACCACCUCCAGUGGUUUCUCAUUGUCAGUUACUUUUUCUUCCCCCAAACUGAAAGGCUAUCAGAACACCCUUGAUUUGUUCACACUUCUGUCAGUUUCUAACUUAAACCAACAGCCAGGAAUGUGAGUAGAGAUGGCUUUCGGCAUUUAUGAAUUUCAUUAUGUCUCCUGUCACCUCAAGCCUCACAAUUAAUCACAAGAAAGAAAGGAAAAAAAUCUUCCCCAACAUUGCACUGCAAAGCUAUGUAAAGCCUUUUACAGAGCCAGUGCUAAAUCCUUUCCAUAGACUGAUGAGCUGAAGGAUUUAAACUCGACAAUCCAAUUAGCGCCCUGCUCCUUGGAGAGUCAGGGCUGAGUUUCAGCGUGGAAAGCCGGGGAUUCAGCUGCACAGCUCCCAUGAACAUUUAGGGGAAUCACAUGGGUAAAUCCUUACCCACACAGUGCAAAUGGUUCCAUUAACUUGUCAUCUCUACAGUCAUGGAAACUGAAGUUCAUUCAUGAAAGUUUUGUUGUUUGCCUCACAAAGCAGCAUUUGCAUUCUUGUAAAGCGUAUGAGGCACACACCAGUGUGCUGAGAGCCAGGCUACUGCUGGAUUCUGUCACAAAGCUGCAGUGACAACUGUGUCCAGGCUGUACACUGUCGAUACUUGAUUGGAAAUAGAGAGGUGGAAAUCAAAGAAGAAGUGACCAAAAGUGAACAGCAACAUCAAAGACUUUGAAAAUUAUUUCAGGAAAAACACACAUGCAAAUUAAGGUUUGGGUCUGUUAUCCAGCUGUGCCUUGCAGACAGAGAAUAUUGCUGGACUGAAGGCCUUAAGCACCCAGCCUGAUGUUCUUUACAUUAAAACACAGAACCAGGAUACUGUUACCAGGCUUUUCUAAGUAAAAUGUGGCCUUACACAUUUUAGAGUGUGGUGACACUUUAAAUAAUGCAUUUCUUUGAUUGUUUCUUUACUAUUCAGUAGCUGCAUGGAGGAUCACAUUGCAGUUGACAGUUAAAGCCUAAUUUUGAGUGAUCCCGAGUCAAGGGGAGGUGAUGGUGUUCAUUACAGCUACCAGACAGAGUUGCACUUCUCCACCAUCAUCCACCUCCCACACAGAAGAGGAGCUGCCCCCACUGCACAAGCAGCUCCAGCCUCAGCCUUGUGGAACCAGAUGCAGUCACCCUCCACAAACCUGCUGCUGGAAGAAACCUUCUCUUUUGCUUUUUCCCCUUUCUCAAAGGAGGUCAGAAUUGACACAAAGAAACAAUGCAAUAAACAAAUGGAGAAUGUGUUGUUGCAUGUGGUUUGGGGGCCUGUCCAGGGAGUGUGCACAGAGAUUUCCUUUUGCCUGUGCUGUGUGGUACAACACACAUGGCCCAGAGGGUGCCAGCAUUCCCCCUCCAUGGCAGCAAACAGCAGCCUGCUCUGCUGGGCACUUUCCACAGAAGUGAGCUGUCGGUUUAAUGCUCAUCCAGCAGGGAAAGAAAUCCAGGGCCCACCCAUCUUGGGCAAAUGCUUGGUGUAAGAAACAAUUUUUGAUGCAAAUAUUCUGGCAUUGGCAUGGUGGCACCCCUCUGGAAAGAAGGAUUUAUACCCCAUGCCUUACUGAGAGCAUUAUUAGAUCAGAGGCUGAAAGUCAGGAGUUAUUGAAUAUUUUUUCUCUGAAAAUUGCCAUUUACUGUCAACAUCUGUAUCUAAAGUAAUUAGGGAGACCAGUAAUUACUUUAGUUUUAGAUUUGCAAGUAUCUUUUGGAAGAUACUUUAAAGAUUAAUGGGUGCUUUUUUAAAUUACUACCUUUUGCUGAGAGUCAAAUAUUUAUGUUUGUCUGAUUAGGUAGAUUUAAAAACAAACUUAGUCAUGCAAGUACAAAUUGAAAAUGAGGACAUGAACUGCAUCUCAGACACACAAGUGAGAAUUUCAUCAGCUUCAGGAGGAAGGACACAGGUUGCAGGGCUGCUUGCAGGAACAGACCCAUCCUUUACUUCCCAUUACCAAGGCACUAUCCAUGUCAUGCCUUUUCACAAUACAAUUAAUUCACUAACACUUUAUAUCACUACUGAUUUUAUCUAAACACCCAGAAAACAGAUUUUUCUUUCACAUUAUAGUUUCCUUGAAAUGAGCAACCAGACUACACUAGUUUGAUUUAGAGUUGAGCCUAAAUGCCAUAGCUUGUGAAUUACAGUCUUCUAACAGUUUAUUUGCCUAAGGAAUUAACCUGGACUUCCCCAAAGAAGAAUGGUUUCCAACAGGAAAGACAGUAUGUGUCAAUAUAGGCUGUAAAACACAAUUGUCUGAUAAUAACUAUAACUGUAAAAUACAGAUGUCUGAUUGCAGCUAAGAAAUUAACUUUUUUUAAAUUAAAAAAAAAUUACAAUUGUGCCAUGAACAUGGUUGUCACUCAAAAUUUCCACUGACUUGCUAGCAGAAGGUUGUGAGCAAGGAGCCACCUUAAGGUGCUGGAGUUAGCUCUGAAAUCUCACCUGCCAGAGAGGAACAGGGCUAGCCUGUACCUGGCCUGGAGGAUUCAGGAGUGAAGGUGAUGACAGCUGAAUUAUUACAAAAGGCUUCCUCCCAAGAAUCACUGUCUUUGGCACCAUGAGAGGGAAGAAAGCAACCAGCAUUCAUAAAGUAAUACAAAUAAAUCCCAAACACCAGCACUUGUGCAGCAAUUACAUGGAAUAUUUAUCACCACUUGAAUGAAUGGGAUCUCCGACCCUCUUAAGACUAUUUGCAAAUGAAUCCAUUUGUUGCAAGUCCUUUCUCUUAUCAGUACAUGAGCCAUAAAGCACUGCAGUCCUUAUGUAGAUGAGCAAGGAAAGAUGAGAUUGUGUUUGCAGUAAUGAGUGAAAAAGGAAGUAAGCUGGGGAUGUGUAAUGAGACAGGUGUUAAAUUUAGUCCUUUAGAAUGCAAUUGCUACAGCAAGCCAAAAAAUUACUCUGCAGCUUGACUUGAACUGUUGCAAAGGUUUGAGUUUAAAAGAGCAGAUUUUUAUAGUUAAGCCAAUACUGUCUUCUGGACUGCUUUUCUUUUUAGCAUAUUUAAGAUGCAUCUACAAAGCCAACUUGCAAAUUAAUAAAUCUUUCCUUUAAUUCAGUCUGCCAAGAACAAAGAUAGAACACUGACUACUGCAGGAGCCAUGUUAGUGAUGUAAACCAAAGGACUGGGGAUUAAACGAGGAUUACUGAGUGCUAAAUCAAUGUGUUUCCUUUUCUGGCUGUGUGUCUGUGUGUGAAAGUGUGGAUCAUUACAUGAAACAUGGCACAUGACUGCCUGGAUUGAUGCCAGGCAAUGUUACAGCAGCGCUGAGACACAAAGUUUGAUGUUUGAGCACGACCAUUGUGCUACCAGGAAAGCGACAGCCAUGACUAAGGGGAAAGGCAGGGGGGUUCUGCUAAUGCACAAUAUUCUGAAAUUCCAGCCUGGGUCCCCUGCUAUAGCUUUUCCAAGUAAACUUGGCUGUGUUUGUCUAUGUCCUACUCUGCUGGGGCAUCCUGGAGAUUUCUUUUAUAAUGUGAAGGAAGCUAUCCAGAAUUGAGAUCAUACUGGGGGAGAGAUGGCAAUUCAUGUAAGGAUCUCACAGUAUCAAAUUAAAUGAAAAUAUAAUCUCUGAGUUGGGAAAGUUUUGCUCACCUGAUUAGUGCUCUGAACCACAGCUGUACCUCCUAUCAGCAGUGCUGUGUACUGCUUUAUUCUGACCUCAGAGGAAUUUGAUUUGCAGUUUGGUUUGUCAGAGGAAAAGAAAGAAGAAGUGAGGGGUUAAUCAAAACAAAGGAGCAACUUGUCCCUCUGAGUUAGGUGAGAGGAAGACUGAAGGUAUAGAAGGUAUGGAGGGCCUUGGAGCAAACCACCAGCAGUGGCCAGAUUGUCCCUGGAAGAGGGACAAGGAAGGCAGCAAGAGUACCUGGUGGAACCAUACAGUGAUGAGUCUGGCCUCUCAAACUCAUACACCAACUUAUCUUUGUCUCAGAUUUGCUUUUACUUCCCCAGCAUCCUUUUUUAAAGAUGUCAGUACACUAGGAAAUCCUGUAGACCACAGUCUACACCUCUAAAUAAGCUGUGUUCAACCAGAGGAGAGUGGAUUUAUUUCUGUGCUCUGAAGAGUCAUAAAACCAGAAGCUGCUGUGCCACAGGGAAUGGCAGUGGAAAGGACUGAGGACCUGAAGCAGCCACGUGUACUGCAGGAGAACCACCCUGCAGUAUUAAAAAUCUCCUCACAGGAGAGUGACAUGGCAGUGAAAAAUAAAUUAAUUCUCAUAAUUAUCUAUUACAAUUUGAAGUUCUCAUUAUUAAAAAAAAAAGGGAAUAAAAAAGGCUGUUAAAUUUACUUGAGAUUAUUAUGGCUGUUUCCUUCUAGCUUUUAUUCUCAGUAUACGUAAACUAGGGCAGCAAAAAACCAUUGAAAACCUCAGAUGCUUUCUGGACAGCAAUGGUCUCUCUUUCCAACCAGUGGCAGGAUUGAUUGAGCCUGAUUAUGUGCAGAUCAGGAAAUUUAGUGAGGAUGUUCAGUGCUGAGCCAUUACCCUCCUCCAUAGCUCUGGCAUCUCACACAUGCAAAAGUGCAUUUUCCAAGCCCCCAUGGCACUGCUUGCUACAAACAUGUUCUGACAGCUAAGAGGGCAGUGGGUGUGCUGGGCCUAUGGAAUAAUUUUUAACAUGACAGAGAAUGUGGCUGUGGCAUUUGUCCUGAUGGCAAUUUUAAAAAUUGCUGCUACUCAGUGAUUUGUGGAUGCAUUGUUUGUGUUCAUAGAAAAGCAUCUAGGCUGCUCUUUACAAAACACUUCGAGUAAGUAUUGUCUGUUCAAAUUUUUUUGCCUCAGAUAUUUUGAUGGCAUGCAGACUUGGCAUCCUGCUAAAUAAAGACAUUGAGUCUUUAUAGUUUUAUCUCUUGAGCCCAUCUGGUUUGAAGUAGCUGACAACAAGCAGGAAAGAGAAUGGAAUGAAAGACUCACUUCAUGUUUGCUGAAAUAAAAGAAAUGUGCAAGGCAGUGCUCAAACAGAACCAGCCUGGGAGAAGGGCUGCCUCUUGCCACCCCUCCUCUGCCCUUUCCAGAUGAUGGCUUUGCCUGCAGCCCCUCCACUCUCAUGCUGGUUCUUGCUGCCCAGGUAGGAGCUCCCACCAGACAAAGGGCAGCUGAGGCAGCCAGGCCAGAGCACCACAAGGGGAACCAUUGCCCCCUGCAACAAGGAACAGUGGGAGCACAAAGCAAGUGGAGUGAAACACAAAUGUCCAUCAUCCAAGCUAAAACCAGUGACAAAAGCAAUUGUGCUAACACCUCACACCGAGGUGCCUCUGCAAGUUUUACAUGUUGUUUAUUCCAUUUUUCACUUCUUUUUUGCAAUUUAAAAGUCUGACUCCCUGGCACCGGUGCAGUCACUCCUGUGAAGGCAGGCACUGAGCACAGCAGGGGCACCUGAGGACCUGAGGUGUCCUGCCCUGCCCACUGCAGGAACACAUUCCCUCUCCCUCUCCAUCUCCCAGAGACCACCAAGAGCUGCUCACAGCAGUGCAGAACCCAGGCUGGAGUGGAUGUCACAGUCACUCCCUCUCAGUGCCCCUCUCAAGUGUCCCCUGGCAGCUCCAGUUGCACUGGGAGCAGGAGAUGGAAGCUGCUCCACAGCCUGGCAGGAUGGCACAACAUGGGGCAGAGAGCCUUGAAAAUGUGUAGGGCCUCUUCUAUCUACACUGCUCCAUCUCCUGAUAGAAUUAGGUCCUAAAUGAGACUUUUCUGGCUCUUGUUCUUAAUCACUUUGUUACUAGUUCAAAUUUAUAAUUUUAACCUAAAUAGAAUUGAGUGAUUUAUUGUAAUUAUUUUGUAUAGUCUGCUCUUAAUAAACUUUUUUUUUUUUU